AUGGAAAAGAGGAGGGCAGAAGUGACAAAAAGCUAUGAGCUGGGGAAAUUGGACACCUGCAUUCUCCCAGUGCCUGUCCUGUCCAUGCGGGAGGAGCAGGUGUGGGUGGUACUGAUGGCACUGCGGGGAUGUGAAGACUUUGAGGCACGACUUUUCGACAUUCCUGAUUUUGAUCUGCUAAGUGAAUUGGAUGUAUUUGACACCCUCUUGUCAGAUCUUGACACAGAUGAUCCUCAGGAAAGCGUUUGCUGUUUCCAGCAAAAGGACUGCAGUUCUGCAGACUCACAACUCAGUUGCCCGAAACUUGCACAGGAUGAAGUUGCACCGUGUGCAACGAGCGAUUCCCGUCCAACGAGCGAUUCCCGUCCAACGAGCGAUUCCCGUCCAACGGCCGAAGCAUGCACCACCCAGCCAGAAAACUCACAGAGUGGAAGUGCAGAGGUUACUAAACCUGGUGGACCAAUUUUAGGAAGAAAAGCACAGGUCAGAAAAGCACCACAAAAAAAUCCAGAUCCUGUUCCUGUGAGGAAGAGAUCAAGACCCAUGAACCCUGCAGAUGUAAUACGGAAGAGUCGCACACAGAAUGCAGUUUGUCAGCGACCAUACAGGGAUAGGGUGAUUCAUUUGCUGGCACUGAAGAGUUACAAGAAACCAGAGUUGCUCGCUCGCUUGCAGAAAGAUGGUGUCAACCAAAAGGACAAGAAUUGCCUUGGAAUGGUCCUUCAUCAGGUAGCCAACCUGAAUACAAAGGAUAAUUCUUACAGUCUGAAGGAUUAUCUGUUUAAAGACAUUCAAAAAGAUUGGCCUGGAUACAGUGAAAUAGAUAAACAGUCAUUGGAGUUAAUACUCUCUAGAAAAUUAAAUUCACCUGAGGGUGCCACCAGCUCCAGUCAUUCAGCAUCUUCUUCAACUUCUGGUAAAACUGGUCCAUCAGAUGCUCAGAAACGGGGUCUGAAUUCCUCUUUUAUCGAUCCCCUGAACAAAAAGAGGAGGAUCUCCCGCCUGGGCAGCGGCAUGCCAUCCCCGCUCAGAGACCGCCUGUCCGCCUUCAGGGAGAAAGCCGCUGCCACCCCUCUGCCACCCCUCCGCCCCCCCAACAUCUCCAUCCCCACUCCUCACCAGUUGACUUGGAUGUACCUUCACGCUUCCAACCCUCCAAAAACUGCCAGCACCACCUCGCCUAGGACCCCUGAGGGGCAGGGGAUGCAAAACCUGCCCACGGACACCUUCACUCCAAGUAGCAGUAAGGCCUGUGAGGACCAGCAACAAAAGUGUACCUCUUGCAGUUCUUCGGGGAUCCCAGAGCCUGCUAGGAUGCGGGCAAAACCUCGCAAAUCCAGAGGCAAGAAGUCGCGCAAACUGCCCAAGAAGGCAAAAGGGAACAAUAAAGGCAAAGUGCAGGAUGCUGUGAGUGUGAGCACUGAGGAGAAAGACCUCAGAAAAACUGCGGAGCUGAGUGCAUCCUUCUCUUCGCAUUCAGGUGAAGGUAUUAAUACGCUGCUUUUCUUAACUACUGUGUGGGUAACCGUGGUGAAAAGAGACCUGUAAAACUAGGGACUAGAAACGCAGAUGAUCUGUCUUUUCACUUAGUGUAGGUUAAGUGCUUUGCGAUUAUCCACUCUUUAUGGUCAUGAAGAAUCCACAUUGUUUUUCUGCUGUUGUUCUUUUUAAACUGAC